GCCAAAUCUCAGUCCGCACACCUUUCGCUCCCGUCCUUCUUCGGCCACGGGCUUGCACACCAUUCCGUCCACGCCUCUCCUCUACCCAGCGCGCGCUCCAGCACGCACUCCAGCACGCGCUCCGGCACGCGCAUCCACUACCCCUCUGCCUGUCCGCCUGUCCGCCUGUCCGCCUGUCAGCCUAUCCGCCCGUUCCGCAGACGGGAUCCAGACAGGAUGGGCCCGCAUGAUGCGCCGUUCCCUCCCAGCAACGGCCUUCCUAACGACAAUCCGAUGGAUGAAGAUGGAGACGACGAUAACGCCGCUCACGACAAAUCCUCCACCCACUCCGCAGACAAGGACGGCCAUGAGAUAUCUGCCACCGAGAAGCUAGCUUGUGAUCGCUGCCGCCAACGAAAGGUGCGCUGCAACCGAGUGAACCCAUGUUUGCAUUGCGCCAGAACUGGAUCUGUAUGUUCCUACACCCUAGGACCUAAGCCCAGGGAGAAGCGGCAGAGAGUCCUGAUAUCCAGCGCGUACGAGAGUCGGAUGGAUAGCAUUUCCAGGAAGUUGGAUGAGCUCAACGAGUUGAUGAGCCAGCUGAGCCACACGCAGGGUAGCCAGGUCCCUUUACCCCCGUCAUCGUCGUCACUAGCUUGCUCUGUUACCUAUCCGUCAUCUGCCCUAGCGGGAGUAAGUGUCGGGUCCUCACCAGCCUCAACUCCUGGACCUCCUGUCCACUCGGGGGACGGCAAGGACAAUAAGGACAAUGACAAUACCAAGACGCAAUUCGAGGGCGAAUCGCCGCUGUUCUCCCAUGCCAUCUUUGCCACCAAGUUCCUGCAGGAUGCCAUCGUCAAUAACCCCUCGGCCAAGAUCUCGCUAGAGAUGUCGUCGGUGCUCGACAAUCUUCGCGCCGCUGUUGAUGUUCAGAAACAACAACCAGGCACCCCCGAUCGCCUCUUUCCGCUCGCCAGGCGGAUUCCACGAGGCACCAGCAUCCGUGAUCUGCCCAUGCCGCCCAUAGAGAAAGCGCUCGCAUGUCUGAGAAUGGCCAAAGAAUGUCCCCGUGUUGAGUUCUUCUGCCUCGUGGAGUUAGAGUCUAUUGGCCAAUUCACGGAAUACUUCGUCAAGGUUUACUCACCCGGCGCGGUCAGUGAUGCCGACUUGAUUAUCGUCCACGCUGGCCUGUAUUGGCUGUUCUGCGAGUGUUCUUGCGUCACCGCAGCCGAAGAAGCUAAGCAGGACCUGGAAGCCCAAGCGCUCUUAUGUCGGGAAAACCUGGAGACAGUCUUGUCGAUGCUGCCCUUCCACAUCCCACCGACGUUGGAUUACGCAUACGCGAUGAGCAUGGCCUCGAACUAUGCUCUUCAGAGGUGUAACUUUUCCCUUGCGUGGAAUUUCAUCUGCUCGGCAUCUCGGCUCAGCUACUCGCUCGGCCUUCACGGUGGGAUCCCCACGAACCACGAGUCACCAGACACUAGUCGUCGAAGAGCGCGAUUGUUUUGGACAAUAUACGCGACAGACAAGAUGUUGUCUCUACGACUCGGUCAGCCUUCCACGAUUCGGGACAGCGAGAUUGCCUUGCCGCCCAUGAGCCAAGCCCAGGCCACCGAAUCAAUUCCACAUAUACUUUUGCCCAGCCUCCUCAAACUCUCAGGCUUGCAAGGCCGGGUAUACGAUGAGAUCUAUAGUCCUGGGGCACUAAACCAACCUCAAGAAGUCCAGAUAUUUCGUGCGACGGCCCUUGGGGAUGAGUUGAAGAGGAUCAUGUACACUGAUGACAAACUAAAGUACUACGAGGAGAGACGCCGAGUAGUAGGGGAUGUCCUGCACGAGCUUUUAUGGCAUUCCGACAGGUUAUCCCAGCUGUCGUUACUAACAUUGAUCUACCGCGGCAUUCCUCCCGCGAAGCCUUCAGGGUCUGCGUUCUGUGAGGAGUGCGUGGCUACGGCUAGAGAGGCGUUGAAAGAACACGAAAGAUGCCUCAACAUCAUUACCAGCAAAAAUAUGCAAUCAAUCUUCCUGGAACUAUACGUCAAUUGGGGCCUCCUCCAAGCCCCUUUCACCCCGUUCAUCGUCCUUUUCUGUCGCAUAAUCGAGACGUCGGACCCCUCCGACCUAGGUUGCCUCGGUGCACUAGUCGAUACCCUCCAAAUGGUUUCCACCUCCACUUCCAUCUCCUCUCACUACCCCACCUGUACCAAACAGGUUCGAUUGUUCAAGGCGCUUUACGAUGUCGCGGUGAAAUACAUCGAGGUGAGGACGAGCGCAGCUCGCGGAGACAUGUUGGAAUCUUCUGACAUGGACCUGAACACUUACAUGAACACAAUGGGUAUGGGAGUGCUCCAGCCGUCACCGCUCCCAAGUUCUGCAUCGGGCUCCCUCGAUAUGGCAGACAGCGCGGGGAGCGCUGUGGGUGGCAUGUCAGGCAAUGGGACGAACGUAAUGGCUUCAGCUCAGAACCAAAUAUUUGGGACCUUCGGUAUGGAGAUGGACCCAUCAGGCGCCGAGCUGGGCAACUGGUUCUACCAAAACCACCAAAUGAUGAGAAUGCUAGAAGAUACAUGAUGGUUCUCGAGAUAGCCUUCAAAGGAAUUUCCUGCCGGAUUCAGGAAAUGCUCGCUGUAUUGUAUGACGGGUUUAGAGACGCAAAGGUCGGCCGGCGGGUUGGCAGGGUAAUCUAAUUUGGCCCUAACUUAACAGGAAUACACAUCGUAAUAGAUGUUUGGAAAGGUCAGCCUAAGGGCGACGCGGAAUUCCCGCCUUUCAGACGGUUGUGGUGAGGCGGCCUCGCCCCUCUUCGAAAGGGGGCAACGUGGUGCAAAAUACGCCAGGUUGCCAGGUUAUCCUCAGAACGUGUACGAAUCAUACGGUAUCUCGCGACAAGCUUAAAGUGGCGAUGUUAUGGUUACUUGUAACUAGUUAUAUAAUCCCUCAGUGGAUUGACGGUAGAAACAGCAAAACAGGACACUCAUUAGAAUCAA